GAGACGCCUCACUGUGGUCUGACAUUAUCACCUACCUGCUUCACUUUCACUGUGUCUCGUUGACCCAGUUGUUCUCACCUCUGCCUGUUUUCUGCAUCUUCUCAAUAAUCUGCAUUUUAUUCCAAACAUCUUUUUUCUUCCCUCUCUUUUCCCCAUCUCUUCUUUCUCUAGCUGUCUGUUUUCCAUUCCAUCUGUCUCAGUCUUUCCAUCUGCUUCUCUGCUUUUACCCCUCCAUCUUUGUGUCCAACCACGUCUCACUCUCCCUUUUAUUUCUGCCUCCUACCCCCCCUCUGCCUUCACCAUGAGUCUGAGUCGCACCAAGAGAAUCAGCUCCAGCAACUCGGUCCGGAGCAGCAGCGGGUCCAGGAGGCUGAGCGUCUUCAGUCCGGGUCAGGGGGGUUUCAGUGGCAUCUCCCUGAGCAGCAGCUCUCUCUACGCAGGGGCCAACGGGCCCCACCACGGCCUCGGGUCCCCGCUGGCCGCCCUGUCGGUCAACAAGAGCCUGCUGGCCCCCCUGAACCUGGAGAUCGACCCUAGCCUGUCCAUGAGCCGGUCCCACGAGAAGGAGCAGAUCAAGAGCCUCAACAACCGCUUUGCAACCUUCAUAGAUAAGGUGCGCUUCCUGGAGCAGCAGAACAAGAUGCUUGAGACCAAGCUGGAGCUGCUGCAGGGCCAGGGGGUGGGCCGGUCCAACGUGGAGCCCCUGUUCGAGGCCUACAUGGCGGGGCUGAGGCGCCAAAUGGACCUGGUCAACAACGACAAGACCAAACUGGACGGGGAGCUGAGGAACAUGCAGAGCCUGGUGGAGGACUACAAACACAAAUACGAGGACGAGAUUAACAAGAGAAACAACCUGGAGAACGACUUUGUAAUCCUAAAGAAGGAUGUGGACUCGGCCUACUUGGUGAAGGCCGAUCUGGAGGAUAAGGUGGGAGCUCUGACUGAUGAAAUCAACUUCCUGCGUAACAUCUAUGAGGAGGAGCUGCGGGAGCUGCAGGCCAGCAUUAAGGACACGGCGGUGGUGGUGCAGAUGGACAACAGCCGCAGCCUGAACAUGGAGCAGAUCGUAGCCGAGGUCAAAGCCCAGUACGAGGAGAUCGCAGCCCGCAGCCGGGAGGAUGCCGAGGCCUGGUACAAGACCAAAUUCGACCAGAUGUCGGUGCAGGCGAGCCAGUACGGAGACGAGCUGCGCGUGGUGAAGGGCGACGUGGCCGAGGUCAACCGCCUGGUCAGCCGGCUGCAGAGCGAGAUCGAGGCGGUCAAGACUCAGCGUGGCAAUCUGGAGAACCAGCUGGCUGAAGCCGAGGAGCGUGGAGAGCUGGCUGUGAAAGAAGCCAAGGCCCGGACCAGAGACCUGGAGGACGCUCUGCAGAGGGCCAAACAAGACAUGGCCAGACAGCUCCGAGAGUACCAGGACCUGAUGAACUUGAAACUGGCCCUGGACAUUGAGAUCGCCACCUACAGGAAGCUGCUAGAGGGAGAGGAGGACAGAAUUGGACAUCAGUCCAUCCUCAACAUCCAGACCAUCUCCAACUACAGUACUAAAAGUACUAAUGGUUACCACAGCAACAGCUGCUCUCCUGCUCCAAAACUGCUGAUAAAGACGACUGAGACCCGAGGUCACUCCCACAGACACAGCCCUCACUGAGCGGACCCCCAGCAGGCAGCCAGUGGUGGGAUGGAGUGUAGUACUGCACAAUAGUACCACUUUGAGAGACUUUUAUUUUCUCUUCUUUUAAUGCUACUUCAUACUUCUAAGCCACUAUAUUUCAGAGAGAAUUGUUGUACUUUUUACUCCACUACAUUCAUCUGACGGCUUUAGUUACAUUACAGAUUCAGGUUUUUGCAUACAAAACAUAUGAAGAGCUUAUUAAAUAUGAUGGUUUGUUAAUAAUUACUACCCACUAAUAAGUACAGCUAAUCAAUUAGUCAAUCAACAGAAACUUAGCUGGUAACUAUUUGAUGUUGUAAGUUAUAGUGUGUAGUUUCCGUCUCCCCAUGAGGAAUUCUAAGUAAUGACCACACUGGCACGUCCACAUGAUACAAGCCUUCUGUGACUUACUUAUUCCACCACUGCAUGCAUGUACAUGUACUACUAUACACAAUUGUACACCCACAAUAAACAUGUGGACACACACACACCCACACACACACACUUUAUCAACAGGUGGCGCUAAAUGUGUGCGAUGACUGUUCAUUUCUAACUUUUAGUUAUUGAAGAAGAAUGGGGGAAAUCAUCUAAACAUGAAAAUUUAAGUAGUGGGAAUUAUUGUUACUAAUAUAAUUGAAUGUAUAUAUACAUAUUAACUGUUGUGUGUUGUGACCAUUUUGACUCGUACCCUAAAGGUGCUCUAAGAGAUGACACAUGUUUUCUAGGUUACAACAGUUUUUGUCACAUACAGCAUGUAAGAUGUAAAAAACAGCUCCUCACUAUCUGCUAGAUAAUAUAGAUAUAGACUAUCAGAACAACGGGACCUGUCGGUCCAUUUCUUUGACUGUCUAUCGGGGGGGGGGGGAGCAUUGAAAAUGCUUUGAACGUCAACAAGAAGUAACGUCACCCAACAUCUCUUAGAGCCCCUUUAAUUGAACUCAUUUUGGUUUCUACCAAACACUGUAGGAAUCUGCUCAAAUAGUUUCUAUGAUCAAUUAAUCUGGGGCCAGAUUAUUAAAAUGUUGUAGCCUUACAGUUUAUUUUGGGGAUAUCCUGUUAGAGGUGUGCUUAGAUAUGUAUUUUAUAUAUCGUUUUGUGCCAGUUCACACUUUUCCUCUGUAGGUCUUUGGUGGACAUUGUCUCCAUGCUGUUGUCAGACAAACGGCUGGUCUUUAUCUCCAGCCGUGCUCGUGGGCUUUAAGGUCCUUUAUUACUUUUCUGCUCUUGCUUCCACAAAUAAAAUGAGCAUAAAC